AAAUACACGACAACCAUUCUUAUUGUACGUUUACAAUAGAAGAGCUUGUUAGUGUCUAGUCAGUGACAUUUGCUUCUGACGUAUGCGCUUGUUAAUAACUUGGCGUUAAAAUGAAGUAGAAGAAGUAAGACUGUUCAAUGAGGAAAUUUUGGAGGAAAGAAACCACGUUAAAUUGGUGAAUAUAUCCUUCUCUUCUCCUCUGGGAAUACUUUCAUUUAUUGUUUCGUCAUUUUGUUUUCAACGUUAGUGACAUUUGAAUACUAUGUUGUUGUGUGAACUGUGAAUGAAAAUGCGCUAAUAUAACAGCUGUUUCCAGCUCGUGGUUCUACUGUGUAGAAGAUUAUACUUUCGUGAAUCGACGUUAUUAAUCAUCAGAUAAAAAAACACCGUGUUUGCCGUGAGCGAUAUGAUUUUACUUCAGCUUGUAUCACUUUUGUGAUCAGACGCGCUCUGUUGGAUCUCUGUUUCAUUUACAUAAACUGAAAAUUAAGUGGUGGUGUGCCAUUCAAAUGUUUUUUUUUUGUUUGAUAAAAUGAUGUUCUGAAAAGUGAUGUGUUUAUAUCAAACAUAUCUUUGAUGUUACUCUUUGUGUUGAUGACGCUAUACUUUAACAUUAUAUAUCACACAAUGAGCGCAAUUAAACAGAAUGGUUAAAAAUGAUGUGCGAUUAACAACCGUUCAAGAAAUCUUUAUAAUAAACUGAAAACAUCAUUUCCAACAAAUGAUCCCUCAUUCCUCUCCUACAUUUCCACACACAUGGAAUCGUUUUCACAAUUUGACGACUGAUUUGGAAGUGAAGUACGAACAGCCACAAAAGCGUGUUACGAUACCUGCAAUCCCUAAUGGAAAGCGUAAGAAAACAACGAAGGUUUCAUUUGAUGAAAACUCUACUCUUAACCCAGAAAAUAAACAAACAGAGAAACACACCGGUACGACUGAGAGUAACCGACUCUCUUCCGGUUAUAUUUUGAGUUUGCCUCCAAAAGGACAAAGUAAGUUAUCGGGGACUUGUGAAAAUCUGUCUCGUGUCUGUAAAAACGAACGUGAAGAUGAUGUUGGGAAUUGCGUGAAAAGAAAAGGACGAUUACACACUACCCGUUCAUCUCCAAACGUAAAAGGAAAAGCUGUUAAUCAAACAAUUGAUGGAAAUAUUUAUCGUCGUGGCGCUCGUAGAUGGAGGAAGAUUUACAAGAUCAAUGGACAUUCUUUUGUGGCGAGAAGAUUCAGUAGACUUGCACAAUGUGCCUAUUGCACGGACAUUAUCUGGGGAUUGGGUCGACAAGGUUAUAAAUGCUUGGAUUGUCGUGUUAUUGUUCAUAAGAAAUGCAGUCGAUUAUUACCUCAAAGCUGCGAAGAGAUUAGAUCAAAUCAAAAUGCGAGGUACACUUCCUUUCCUACUGACUCUGCGGAAAAUACUGGUAACGUUCAUGAUCGUGUAGUAAACCGAACCAACAGCGAUAGCCCAAGUCCACAUAGUAAACUGUAUAAUGACUCAUUUCCUUUGUCGAAAUCGGGACUGGAUACGAGCAAGUCCCACGUUAAUGUUAACGAUUUCGACUUCAUUCGUGUAAUUGGUCGUGGCAGUUACGCUAAAGUUCUUUACGUCUCUCACAAAAAUACUGGGAUUAAGUACGCGAUGAAAAUCGUUAAAAAAGAAUUAGUAAAUGAUGACGAGGAUAUAGAUUGGGUCCAAACUGAGAAACACGUGUUUGAACAAGCAUCGAAUCACCCGUUUCUCGUCGGUUUGCAUUCAUGUUUCCAGACAGAAAGCAGACUUUUCUUCGUGAUUGAAUUCGUAGCAGGAGGUGAUCUUAUGUUUCACAUGCAGAAUCAGAGAAGAUUACCCGAAGAUCAUGCCAGGUUUUAUUCAGCUGAAAUAGCUUGUGCUUUGAAUUUUCUUCACGAAAGAGGUAUUAUCUAUCGAGAUCUCAAACUCGAUAAUGUUUUGCUGGAUAAAGAUGGUCAUAUCAGAUUAACUGAUUAUGGCAUGUGUAAGGAAGGUUUAAGACCUGGUGACACUACUAGUACAUUUUGUGGAACACCAAACUAUAUUGCACCGGAGGUUCUGCGUGGAGAAGAUUAUGGUUUGAGUGUUGACUGGUGGGCUACUGGAGUUCUUUUGUUUGAAAUGUUAGCUGGACGAUCUCCGUUUGAUAUGGUUGGUCAGGCAGAUAAUCCUGACGUGAAUACUGAAGAUUAUCUAUUUCAAGUAAUUCUGGAAAAGGCAAUUCGAAUUCCAAGGUCACUUUCCGUAAAAGCUGCCUCAAUUCUUAAAGGAUUUCUAAACAAGAAUCCAGAAGAAAGAUUAGGUUGUCAUCCACAGACAGGAUUUGCUGACAUACAAUCUCAUUUGUUCUUCAGAGCAAUAAACUGGAAACAGUUACAGGCUCGUCAGGUAUGUCCUCCGUUCAAACCACGAGUGGAAGAAGGACAAGAAGUAGAAAAUUUUGAUCCUCAGUUUACUGAAGAACCUGUUGUUCUUACGCCUGAUGAUCCGAAAGUGCUUCAUGCUAUAGACCAAUCAGAGUUUGAGGGAUUUGAAUAUGUGAAUCCAUUAUUAACAUCAACAGAAGAAGUCGUAUGAGUUAAGGAUUAAAUAAGAGAAUCAAAAGGGGAGAAAUAUAAGGAGAGUAAGAUAAUAUUUUUAGAUUAUUGCUACAACACUUGCACAAUGUAUAAUAGCCAUUUAAUGACCACGGUAAGAUCAACUUUAGUGAGCAUGCUCCGUCGUGAUUCCUGCCAUUUCCAAGAUUGCUUUAUCUGGAUUUUCGUCCCAGGUUCCCGGCAAUUUGACCUGCAUAUACGUACGAACAGAAAGGUUCUUAAUAUACACAACGUACAUGUAUAAUUACAAGGUGUCCAAAUAAUAAAUCCAUCGAAUACCUUUUGUAA